CCCGGAGCAGUGCGUUUUUUCGAGCAGCACUUGAACGCACCUGCGUAGUUUGAAGAACUCGUGUUGCUGCAGCCUGCGAGCCAACAAUGAGCGGCUAGAUUAAACUGCACUUUGCUCCAGUGAAACUACACGCAGUGCUAGGCACAUGUGCUCAUUGUAAGUUGUCUUAAAUGGAGCUAGAGGACCAAUGGUGGAAGGGACAACUUGCUGCAGAUAUUUACCAGGCACUCAGAUACAAAGCAGGCAUGGCAUUAUGACCACAUGCUUAUCAGUGUGCGGGUCCCCUUGUUUCUUCCCUGACCUGUUGAGGGAUGGGCUCUACUACACCCCUGAGGAUGUGCUAAGGAGCUCAAACUGCCCUCCUACAAAGGUCAGUCCCCUCAGCUGAACCUCAGACGAUACUUUGCAGACCUCAUUGCCAUCACCAGCAACCGCUUCCGUCUUUGCCCCGCGGCCAGACACCUGGCCGUCUACCUGCUGGACCUCUUCAUGGACCGCUAUGAUGUCACGGUCCAGCAGCUUCACAUGGUCUCACUUUCCUGUCUUCUUCUGGCAAGUAAAUUUGAAGAAAGAGAGGACCGUGUGCCAAAGCUGGAAACCUUGAACAGCCUGGGGUCCAUGAGCUCCAUGAACCUAGUUCUGACCAAGCAGGGCUUACUUCACAUGGAGCUGCUCCUGCUGGAAACAUUCAGCUGGAAUUUGUACCUUCCUACAGCAGCUCAUUUCAUAGAUUACUAUUUGUCUAUCGCCGUCCUGGAUGGAGAUCUGCAUGAUGGUUGGCCUAUGGCCAGCUUGGAGAAGACCAAGUCAUAUAUGGCCAAGUAUUCGGACUACUUCCUGGAAGUCUCCUUACAAGAUCACAUCUUUCUGUGCUUUGCUCCCUCACUGGUGGCUGCUGCUUGUGUGGCCGCGUCACGCCUCAUCCUCCACCUGUCCCCGAGCUGGGCGCCCCGACUACAACGCCUCACGGGCUACGCAUGGGAGAACCUCAUGCCAUGUGUGGAGAAACUACUCAUGUGUGUACCUACAGUGCCUUGCAAAAAUGCACAUGACAGUGAUGUGAAAGAGGCCAGCAAGCAAAAGUGCCAGCAGCAGCAGCAGGGCCAAACUGUACUCCACAGUUCAGGCCAGCCAGCCACUGUGACACAGUACCUGCAACUGCCCUCCAUGCAAUACCCUCAGAAGGCUCCACAAGCAGGCCUGGCUGCUAACCACAGGUCUGUGUCCUACGCCAGCCACUCGACUAGCAGCCUGCAGGGUUCCAGCGGUCCCCAGCAUUGCGACACACAAGCCAUCGCCACUUCCCUGGAUCCAAAUCCUGGCAUUUCCAACAGGGCUUACCCAGUGAGCAUGCACUAUAACUACUCUGCGCCAUGCUUCGACAGAUGAUCACCAGGUUGUUAUUUGGGAGAGGACCAGAUACAAUCAUUUGAUUCGCCAGAGUGUACAAAAUCUUGUUUUUAAUUUCUAGAGACUUGAUAAGAUUUAUGCAGCACUUUGAACCGUUCAGGUGCUUUGCAUUGUGCAAUAUGCCUAUAAUGCUGUGGUUUUCAGAGCAUAGCCUGCACGGGGAUGUUUCUUUUCUUAAUGGUUGAGAUAUUAAGAGUGAAUGUUGUUUGCGAGGUGCUUUUGAUGCACCGUUUUGCACCCGUCUCUGCUAGUGUUACUGCUGCUGACCAAAAAGCCUUGUGUUAAUUUUAUGCCAAAGUAUACCUGAAGUAUUAAUUACCCUGUGCUAAAAGUUAAGAAAGCAGUAGCAAAAAGGGGAUUUUUGUCAAGUUUGUGGUUUAAAUAGGAGUUUGUGUUGUGUUCUUGUUGUUCCCUUCUUUUUUAUGUUUUUUCUUUCUAAUUGUUUGGACAAAUGUCAAGAACAAAGAUGGUAGCUGUGCAGCAUGUGAAAAUGAUCCCCCAUCUUGGAAAUAAUUCCCCCACUGUGAACAUUGCAGUCAGUGAUGUGCACUUCUACAGUUAUUUUAAAUAUAACCUAUGUUAAGGAUGAUCCAGUUCAGGGGGUUUGGUUUGGGGGGAAACAUGAUAGUUGCGUUACAACUUGAAAUUUUGUCAGGUUCACUGCACAAAAAUCCUUAAACAUGGCUGACCCCAA